AUGAAUGAAGUCAAUUCAACAUUUAAAACUACCAUUAAUGAAUUUUGCGAUGCUGCAAAUUGGUUAACUUCUCAAUUAUACAAUUCCAAAAAUUCGACUGAGAAAGAAUUAUCGCCAUUAACAAAUAAAAUUGAUGUACUCUGUCCCAUUGCAGAAAGGUACGAGAGGACAUUUCGAACAAGUGAAGUUCUGCUGGAUGAAGAAUUGAUUUUAAAGUUAGAGAAUUCGGCAUCAAGUCUUUGGAAUUCAUCUACAAUCGCAAUCAGAACGGAAAAUAAUGAUGAGAAAAAAUUACUGUUUUGUCACUGUAAAUUCUUCGCCACUAUCUUAUUUAGUGUUCAUGAUGCUUUGAUUCCAUUAUCUACUAAAAAUAGUGAUAACAGAUCUUCCAACAAUUUACAAUCAUUACUGAAUGGUUAUAAAACAAAAGUAAGAACAUUUAAAUGUUUAAUAAACACUUUAAAAUGCAUAAUGGAUCAUCAAUGGAUACAAUUAAUUGAGAAAAUCCAGGACCAAGGUGAUAAAUAUUUAAGGGUGUUGACUGCUGAAUCCGACAAUCCUUCAAUAAAAGGGGAUUUAGAAGUUGCCAAAGAUUUGGAAAAAUUAAAAUUCGAAUUUUUUUUAUUAAAUUUCCAAUUGGCGUUAAAGGAUGGUAAUUUAGAAACUGCCAAAAUUUAUGAAUCGAAAUUCAAUAAUCAAGAGGUCAUUGAACAUCUCGAUGCAGAAACUGUAAUGGAACUUUCAAGAAUCAUCUAUAAUGCCACAAUAUCUCUUAACGAUCACAUGAAUGUCAAUAAAAACAAAGAGGAAAGUAGCAAUGAUUGCAAAAAUGAGAUCAUAUAUUUCCUGAAGUUGGCUCAUUCUUAUUUGGAAAUGCCACUGCCAGCAUUAAAAUUGCAGACUGAUUAUAACAACUUAAAGUUUUCAAUUUUGCUAUUUUUAGCGAAUAUUCUUAUCGAAGUAAAUGAAGAAAAUUUGAACUAUGUCUCAGAAUCUGAAAAAUACUUAGAAAUGUUACAAAAUGAAUUCCCUAGAAAAAUUGAAUCGUUCUUACUAGCUAUACAGCUUCAAAAAAAGAAACCAGGCCCAAGCAACUCUGAACAGAUCGAGGAGAUUAUAAUGAGGAUGAUAAUGUCUGUGAGUAUUAUAACAAAUUUUGAUGCCGUUGUUGGUUCAAUCAAGGACUUUUGCUCGAGGAGCUCUCGAUUAGGUAUUCUAUGUCUUGAUUACAUCGUUAUGAAUAAAAUAGAUGUCAAAACGGAACAGAAUUGGUUAGAAAAACUUAUUCUAUUGCGAUUCUUCCUUACUACACAGUCCAAUACCCUGAAUAGCCAAGAGAUUAUUGAAAGUCUGGAACCCUUUUGCAAUGCUUUAGAAAGGAUACUUGUAAACAAUCUAUCAAAGCCAACAUUAUCCAGCAUUAUCACUUUACUUUGGAAUAGCGGAAAGAAACAAGAAAAACAGGAAAAUUAUGAGCUAGCAAUAAAGUUUUAUCGUCUUUCCUUAAGAAAUUUUCUUUCCCAUGGUUAUAGUGAUAAAGGUAAGAUACAAAGAGCCUUACAAGGAGCUUAUAUUAAUAUCGAAGACUUUGCAAUCGUGGAACAGAUAUAUGAAGAAAUGGAAAUAGCAGAAAAGGAAUUUCCCUUAACACAACUAUUAAUCUUAAAAGUUUAUUUGAAACGAGAUAAUAUAGAAUCGGCUUUCCAAUGCUUGAAAAAGAUCCAAAUUUCUGACCAUGAAAACUCCAUGGAUGCGCUUAUCUUGGGAGUUUCCGAAUGUAAGAGGUCAACUGAUUUAGCUAUAAGGGCUAUUUCAUUAAUUUUUGAGAAACUGAAUAAUAAAGAAUUUACAGAGAAACAAUAUUCAACUUGGUCGGUUCCGACUUUAAGCCUUUUAAGGUAUACAUUGCAAAUGAUAUUAAAAUUAUCAGAAGAGAAUGGCGUUGCCAAAUUUCAAACUUAUUUAGACACGAUGUACGGUUUAAUAUGGAGAGCAUACGAAUAUCUUCAGAAAAUACGUUUAAAGAAUCAAUUAAGGUUAAAUUUCGAUACUUCAUCUACAGAUAGCGUUUCAAUUGAUGAAGUUGAAUGGUUUUCUUCAAUUGCAUACAAUGUGACUAGUAAAUGCCUAAAUGAAGAUAAUAUCAAUUAUGAUCUUAUACCUUUUGCCCGAUUAUCCUGUGAUCUGAUUGAUUUGGUGCCGUUACAUGAAUUUACCUUCCCGAAAAUGUUUCAUUACCGAUACUGGCAAUUUAGGUGCAAGAUCUUAACUCUUGUUGUAAUGAAGAACAAGAUCAAGGGAUCUAACAUUAAAGAAUUGAAAGAAGUUGAGUUGAAAGUGACUGAAUUAACUCAAGAUAUCGUCAAGGAAAAAAGUAAUCCCAAUUACAAAGAUGCAAGUACUAAAGAGGACGAGAAGAAAAUAACUGAAUGUCUGUUAGAUAGUCUACAACUAAGCUACGAAAUUGCCCUAUGUACGAGGGAUCGUCAGAAAAUUUUAGAAAUUGUAAACAAAGCACAGUCGAUCAAUAAUUCUGAAAUAGAUACGGCUUUAUUUAAUAUAACACUGGACCGAAAAGAUCUCCCAAAGGGAAUGUUUCUAGAAGUUAUUUAUGUAAUAUUAAAACGAAAUAUCGGGAAUACCAUCGUCGAUGAUUUAACGCUUUGCUCCUGGCUUAAUAUUUAUCUAGAAACCUGUUUGAAUAAUGAACAUAUAAUUGCUAUUGAUUUAGUGGAAAAUAUCUUCGUUGUGAUUAAGACCAAUGUGCGAAUGACGAAUGGGAAUGAUGAACAAAUUAUGCAAGUACUUGAAGGUGUCGCGACCCUUUGUUGGAAUCAAGGCGUUAAUAUGAUGAUAAAGGAAGACAAGAAGAAUGGAGUAGCUUGGUGUAGAACAUCCAUCAAAUGGGCCAGUUUAAUAAAUAGAGGUUUGCAAGAAAAAUUUCAAGACUUGUGGUUGUCUUUAACAACUGCAACCGAUUUAUCUCCCGACUUAAUUGCUGAAGAACCAAAUAACUAG